UCUAACACUAACAAAACUGAGUUUUAAAAAAAAAAACUGAAUCUGAGUGUGUUUCGUGCUCGUGGAUCUAACAAUGAUAAGAUCACCAUCACCUGGAUUUGCAAUUCAUCCUUGUUUUCGAUCCAAUCCCUUCGUCAAUUCCCAGAAAUCGAUUUCCCUCCCGGUGCAAAUCGGAUCACGGCGGAGGAUUUUCUCUAAAAUCGGAUCGGAGAGCGGCGACGGCGUCGCUUUUGAUGCAGUGGCUUAUGAGUCUGAGCGGUUGAGUCUCGACGCGGCGGCGAUGGAAAAUAUGGCGGAGACGGCGAAAAAGGAACUGGAAUCGGAUCCAGAUAGUGGUGACGACCCGAAAGCGUGGAAAUGGGUAAUCCGAAAGAAGAUGUGGGAUCUCAUGGAAGCUAGGAACUACGCUAUGAGACCUAGACCUGUUCAUCAUCGUAUCCCUAAUUUCGUCGGUGCAUCAGCUGCUGCAGGAAAAUUAGCCGAGCUUGACGCGUUUCGUAAGGCUAUGGUCGUGAAGGUUAAUCCUGAUUCCCCGCAAAAGCAAAUCAGGUUUCUUACACUUUCUGGUGAAAAGAAGUUGUUGACUCCUCAACCUAGGCUAAGAAGAGGAUUCUUCUCUGUACUAGAAUCCGAUUUCUUGAAACCCGAAACGAUCAAUGAGGCUUGCACCUCUGUAGGAGUAGCUAAAUAUGGAAGAGCGAUUGGUCUUGAUGAGAAAAUCAAGGUUGAUCUCAUCGUCAUUGGCUCUGUUGCGGUUAACCCACUAACAGGUGCUCGAUUAGGGAAGGGAGAGGGUUUUGCUGAACUUGAAUAUGGGAUGUUGCGUUACAUGGGAGCCAUUGAUGAUUCCACACCCGUUGUUACAACCGUACAUGAUUGUCAGCUCGUGGAUGAUAUACCCCUCGAGAAACUGGCGAUUCACGAUGUUCCCGUGGAUAUCAUAUGCACACCUACUCGAGUCAUUUUCACAAAUACACCAAUACCAAAACCACAAGGAAUCUAUUGGGACAAACUGUCACCGGAGAAGCUACAGCAGAUUCGAAUAUUAAGAGAGCUAAAAAAGCGAUUGGAAAAGAAGACUGGCGGUAAACUUCCGACAGGACCAUCUGAGAAAUUACCUCCUACGGCUGAGCGAAAACGCCGGUAAUUAACGGCUUCUUCUAGUUUUGGCCAAUUGGUUUUAGUUCGGUUUUUUACCGGUUUGUUUUCGGUUACUGUUUUAUACGAUAAAACAAAAUAUGUAUAUUAAUGUAAUUUGAGUAGUGAAAGUAAACAAAAAAUACGCAAUAUAUAAUUGGUGAGUUCACUUCUA